GAACUAUAAAAAAGAAAAGCACGAGAAAUGAGCCAAUAUGCAAAGUGCAUGUGAUCAAUCGAUCACGCAUCCACCGCACACGAGCGCAUAAAUAUAAAUAAAAAGAGACACAGUUUCGCCGCCGGGAGAAAUCUGUGCAAUCGGCGUUUGCCACCUGCCAUUGUCGCAAACAAUGCAAGGCUGUAUUAUUGUAAUGGCGCAUUGACGAAGGAGAGAGAGAGAGAGAGAGAGAGUAGAGAAGGGAAACAAAUGAUUUCCCAGGUGGAGAGAGAUCUGUCGAUUCAAAAUCGGCUUCCUGGUACACCUACUCCGCCGUCUUCACCUCGUCUCUGCCGGAGCCGGUCUAAAUCCUCCGGGCAACAGCAAAGCCGGACAUUCCCUCACCGUCUCUCAUGGAUCCUCUUAUCGGUUCUUCUCCGGCGCCAGGGAAUUCUCCUGUUCGCUCCUCUCAUCUACGUUUCCUGUAUGCUUUUUCACAUGCGCGUCGCCUCGUUUGAUGCCGCUCCCAUUAUCCACCGCCGUCCCGCCCCGGGAUCCGUUUACCGGAGCCCGCAGAUUUACGCUAGGCUGCGUUCCGAUAUUGACGCCGAUAAUUCCACGGCUGAUGCGAUAUCAACCAUUUGGAAACGUUCUUAUAAAGGUGUGGAAUGGAAGCCAUGUGUGAACAAGUCUACUGGAGUUUUGCCUGAGUCAAAUGGUUUCAUAUUCAUCGAGGCAAAUGGAGGUUUGAAUCAGCAGCGCACUUCGAUAUGCAAUGCUGUUGCUGUGGCAGGCUACCUUAAUGCGACCCUUGUAAUUCCCAACUUUCACUAUCACAGCAUAUGGAAAGAUCCGAGUAAAUUUGGGGACAUCUAUGAUGAAGAAUACUUUGUCGAUACCUUAGCAAAUGAUGUGCGGGUGGUCGAUACAGUUCCUGAAUACUUAAUGGAGCGUUUUGACUAUAACUUGACAAAUGUCUUCAACUUCAGAGUUAAAGCAUGGGCACCCACCUCCUAUUACCGGGACUCAGUCCUGCCUAAGCUGCUUGAAGAAAAGGUUAUAAGAAUUUCCCCAUUUGCAAAUAGACUUUCGUUUGAUGCUCCUCGAGCAAUCCAGAGGUUUAGAUGUUUGGCAAAUAAUGUAGCCUUGCGAUUUUCGAAACCCAUACUGACCCAAGGAGAAACACUGGUGAAGAAAAUGAAGAAGCUUAGUGCUAACAAUGCUGGAAAGUAUGUUUCUGUGCAUCUUCGUUUUGAAGAGGAUAUGGUAGCUUUCUCUUGCUGUGUAUUUGAUGGUGGCAACCAAGAAAAACAAGACAUGAUUGCGGCGAGAGAAAGGGGAUGGAAAGGGAAGUUCACAAAACCAGGUCGUGUGAUACGACCAGGAGCUAACAGGCUCAAUGGGAAAUGCCCUUUAACUCCUUUAGAGGUGGGUUUGAUGCUUAGAGGAAUGGGUUUCAAUAAAAGCACAUAUAUAUACCUUGCCGCUGGCCCAAUAUAUAGCGGGAAUAGAACUAUGGCUCCACUACUCGAGAUGUUCCCUAAUCUACAGACGAAGGAGAUGCUUGCGUCUGAGGAAGAACUGGCUCCUUUUAAGAACUUCUCCUCAAGAAUGGCUGCGAUAGAUUACACGGUGUGUCUCCACAGUGAAGUAUUUGUGACAACUCAAGGUGGAAACUUCCCUCAUUUCCUCAUGGGGCAUCGGAGGUAUUUGUUUGGAGGGCAUUCGAAGACGAUUCGGCCAGACAAGCGAAAGUUAGCCGUACUGUUUGACAAUCCCAAGUUGGGAUGGAAAAGUUUUAAACGGCAAAUGCUAAGCAUGAGGUCCCAUAGUGACUCCAAGGGGUUUGUGCUGAAACGACCUAGUGACUCUAUUUACAUAUUCCCUUGCCCUGACUGCAUGUGCCGAAAGAACAAAACAACAGCAUCAGCCACCUGACACAUUCUUUUACUGGAAAAUUCUGCUGCAUUCCUUCUUUUAUUUACACAAUUCUUUCAGUUCUUUGGCCACACCCGAUCCAAACACAAGGAGAGAGAGAGAGAGAGAGGGAGAGAGGACUAGUCUGCGCAUGCAGGGACUUGGCAACUUCUCCCCUGGGGGGAGAUUUUUUGACACAUUGAAGCUGAUGUAUCUAACACGAGGAACUGUGAUUAGCUCCCCACAAAGAUCCACCCUUUUGUUUCUGGGCGAAGAGGAUACAGCAUUUGGGUGCUAUGAAGCGUUUGCGUUUUUGUAUAUUUGGUAUCUAUUGUUGGUUAUGCCCAGAAAUAAAUGUAGGGCCGGCCAUAAGGGGUCUCAUAGGGGAUUAAGAGAGCUUCCAAAAAAGUUUUGUACAUUGAUUGGUUCCUUUCUAGUUUAAAUUUUUUUUUUUUUUUAUCUUUUUAGAAAUUCUCUGUUUGAUUAUUUAUUUUCUUAUGAUAAUCUUCCAAGUAAAUCUCAUAAAAAACUGGUGUAUCCGAUUCUUGUAUUUGCCUAUGAUCUUUUUUUUA